CUCUAACUCAUCUCUCUCUAACUUGACUGCCACCAAAGCCAACCAUCACAACCUGUGACCGCCACCACUAGCCACCAAACCCCAACCAUUUCUCUCUCUCUACUUGAAUCUCGCACCCUCUAUUCACCGCAAUAACGGGUCAAUCUCAACCUAAUCAUUCAUUUCUUUCAAGUCAAAGUCAAAGUCAAACACCUCUCCAAGUCGGUGCUCGUUCAGCUUCACCUCAACCGAUAAGUGGUAGCCGAUAUACUUCACCUCUUUCAACAGACCGUUUCAACCCGAACCAGUAUCAAUCCCUGAACCAAAGGGCUCACCUUCCGGUUCGAUCAUCUGGUCAACCAUCUCCUCAUGUUCGGCUAGGGGGUGCACAUGUUGGUGUAAGUACCAUGACUAGUCUUGCAAGUAGUCAAUCGCCCACGUAUAUUCAACGAUCAACUUCCCAGAUUAUGAGCCAAUCAUCAUCUGGGCCAGUGGCAGCAACAACAGACCAAAGAGGGAGUACGGUAGAUGCACCAGCAGCAGCAGCAGCAGCAGCAGAGGAAAACUGGAGGCCAGCGGGACGUAUGAGAGGAAGUCUUUCAGGGUGGCAAUACACCGAAGCUCUAAGAAACCAGUUCAUAAUUCAACCAAGCGAACCGGUUCAAGCUGCUAGACCACCACCGGUUUUGAACACCCCCAGACCGUUCAUACCGCCUCAUUUGCAAGCCCUAAUGGCUAAUAACCCGAGACCUCAAGCAGGAGGAACCAGUCCAGGUUCAGGUUCAGGUUCAGAUGGUAGCAUGGCUGGUGGUCCAGGUUCAGAUAAGUGAAAGAAGUCAGUCACCGGGUACUUUGGUAUUGUUGUUUAGAGUUAAAUGCCAUUUUAGUCCCUGUGGUUUGGGCCAUUUCGCCAGUUUAGUCCAACGGUUUCAUUUUUCGCCUCUGGGUCCAAAAAGGUUUCACCAUUGCCAUUUUAGUCCACUGAGUUAACUUCAUCCAUUUUUUCUGUUAACGAGAAGGGCAAUUCGGUCAUUUUAUAUGUAAUUCUGUUAAGCCGAAGGACAAUUCGGCCAUAUGAAAUGACCAAAUUGCCUUUCUCGUUAACAGAAAUAAUGGAAGAAGUUAACCCAGUGGACUAAAAUGGCAACAGUGAAACCUUUUUGGACCCACAUGCGAAAAAUGAAACGUUUGGACUAAACUGGCAAAAUGACCCAAACCACAUGGACUAAAAUGACAUUUAACUCUAUUGUUUAUGUUAUGCAUUCCCACUAACAUGUAUUAAAGCAUAUAAAAAAUAACUUGUAGCCAUCAUCCAAAGUGUAUAAUUUGGGUGACUGUAGUUUAGAAUCUUGAAUUUUGUAUCUGAAUAAUAUGAUUUAUCGCCUAGUCGUUUGUCCUCUUUUUCAU